GCUCUUCACAGUAUUCAGUGAAUACAUGGGGAGGAGUUCAGCACACACUGCAUACUGACAACUUUUAUGAUAUCGUUUUAUCAUAUGUACAAAGUUCAGUGGAAUAUUUCGGCCACAUUUUGUGGCUUUGCUGUUGGUCUUACGUACAGAGAUAAGAUAUAUCCCCAAAAGAAGAAGACAAUGGUACAAUUGCAAAGUAAGCAUGGUGCAAAGCUUCAUACCCUUGAGGAGUUGCGGAAAUCAGGAUUUGGGCGACCUUCUCCAAGACACGGCUUAAAGCUCCUCUACUGGUUUGUCAACAACUGUUUGGAGUUAGAUUUCCAUGACAACAUGUUAGCACAAUGCCACCCAGAGAGAGGGGACUAUGGCUUCCACCACUUUGGCAACUUUGAGGAAAUUCUCCCUUUACUUGCACCUAACUCAAGAGAGACAUACUAUGAUGUUGGCAAUCUAAAUCCAGAGCGGUAUCCCGAAGCUUUGGAUCUUCCCAAUUAUGUAAGAGAGAAGUACGGGGUGGCACGCAACUACCAAGAGAGCAACAAAGAUCGCAUCAUUAUAAGAUACAAGUCCCCCAAUUUGAUUCUGAAGGUGUACAUCACACAACACCACGCUGAGGGCUUUGAUGCAGACCGCACUCACCUCUUGAGCUGCAACCUCAUAGAGAACAUCAAACACCUUGAUCUGGAUCUAGGGACCUUCCUAAUACAGACUGGAUUCACCACAAGCCUGAGAUUUCUUCCUGUUCUCUAUGACUUAAUCAGCCCUACCCAGCCUCUGAAUAGCAUCACAGAGAACAGGCCCCAGUCUAUGCCACACCGGAGGGAGAACAUCCAGGACCCUGAACAGGGCCUGUCCCUCCCUGCUCCAAGACGCACUCGAAAAUUAUGCAUUCUGGGAGGCAUAUUUUCGCUGAUUUUGCUGGUCAUUGUUAUUGUUGCUGUUUUGUACUUUCUGGGCAUAUUUUAGCAAAGGGGCAUUAAAUAGGCACAGGACUAAUCAAAACUAAUUUAAUCCUUUUAUGGGUAGUGUUCAAUGUUAUUAGCAACACAUAUACAGGCCAUUGGUGACUAUAUCUACGCCCAUAACAAUGCAUAACCGAGAUUAUUAACUAAAACUUGAUGUAAAAAUGUC